CGCUAGACUGCAGAGAAUCAGCUCUAGGAGAGAGGGCUGCAUACAAACGCUGGAUCCGCGACAAUUCGGUUUUAAACUUAAUUUUACUGAUUUCACUCUCGUUUACCUGUUCCUCUCCUCAGUUCGUGCAAGGRUUUACUUUAUUUUCUAGUUGUAAUACCAGCGAGUGGAAGCGAGCUGCAUUUAGCUGCAUUGUGUCUCUGCAUAGACCUGCUUCACUCUCCAUCCAGUCAAAAAGUGCGAUUUUUUUAAAGCAUUGUUUAGGUAGUGCAUUGGUAAGUGUUUGAACUUUAGCUGGUCAUCUAUCUAGUUAGUCUCUCAUAACUGCUGCAGUGGUUGAUUAGGCUAUUCUAUUGUAGUUUGUGUUUUGCCUUCAUGCUUUAUAGUGAUGCAGUUUUAGCAGGCUAAAGAAACAUGACGUUUCUUAGUUUAAAUCUUUGCUGGGGCAUGCUCAUUUGAUGCGCAAUAUACAUCCAUUUGCAAUUGGCGAUUCUCUUUUACCUAAGUAUCCUCCUCAAACCAAGAUAAACAGUUUUGUGGACAGAAGCCUAAGUGCACAAUGAGGUCCCUCCACGACUUUUUCAAUUGCACUUAAAAAGAAGAGGGAGAGAGAGGGCGAGAGAGAGGCUGCAGGAAGCGACGCCUGCCAACCCUCAGGGGUUCCUACAUCAAACAGACUCUCGCGUCAUCUUAGCAUUUGAAACGGAGACAACGCUUGAUAGGUUGAUAGAAUAUAUAGAAAUAUAAGUCUUUCUCGCUAAACUAAAGCAAGAUGAAGAAGUUUCGAAAGGUACUGGACGGCCUGUCAUCCUCCUCCCCGGGGGGUGUCGCGUCCCCGUCGUGCGGCAGUGCAGCUGGUACUCCGACCGCUCAUGCGCCCACUCCCCAGGAUAUCCAUGUCCAGGAGACGCUAGUCUCGGAAAACUUUCAGAUAUGCAAGACGGUGCGCCAUGGCUUCCCGUACCAGCCCACCUGCCUGGCCUUCGAUCCUGUCCAGAAGAUCCUGGCCAUCGGCUCCAGAACAGGAGGCAUACGGAUCCUGGGACGGCCUGGUGUGGACUGCUAUAGCCAGCAUGAAAGUGGAGCCGCUGUCCUCCAGCUACAGUUCCUCAUCAACGAGGGGGCGCUGGUUACGGCAUGUGCAGACGACACGCUACAUCUGUGGAACCUUCGCCAGAGACGCCCAGCCAUCCUGCACUCGCUUAAAUUCAACAGGGAGAGGAUCACUUUUUGCCACCUCCCCUUCCAGAGUAAAUGGCUGUACGUGGGCACAGAGCGUGGCAACACACACAUCGUCAACAUCGAAUCCUUCGUUCUGUCUGGAUACGUCAUCAUGUGGAACAAGGCCAUAGAAUUAGCAACUAAAGCACAUCCAGGGCCCGUGGUCCAUCUGAGUGACAGCCCGAAGGAUGAAGGCAAGUUGCUGAUAGGGUUUGAGAGUGGAACAGUAGUCCAGUGGGACCUCCGAGCCAAGAAGGUUGACUUCAGAAUCUACUACGAUGAGGCUAUCCAUUCUGUUAGCUGGCAUCAUGAGGGGAAGCAGUUCAUGUGCAGCCACUCAGAUGGCAGCCUGACUAUGUGGAACCUGAGAAACACAGCGAGGCCCAUUCAGAUCACCUACCCUCACGGGAAGAUACUGAAGGACGGGAGGAAAGAGUCGUGUAAGCCCAUCCUCAAGGUGGAAUACAAGACCUCCAGGAACAGCAGUGAGCCCUAUGUCAUCUUCUCUGGGGGUCUGUCAUAUGACAAGUCCGGUGGAAGGAGGCCCACCCUGACCAUCAUGCACGGCAAGGCCAUCACGGUGCUGGAGAUGGACCACCCUAUUGUAGAGUUCCUAGUACUCUGUGACACCCCAUACUCCAACGAGGUCCAGGAUCCUUAUGCAGUGGUUGUGCUUUUAGAAAAGGACUUCAUCGUGGUGGAUCUGACACAGAGCAACUUCCCCAUCUUUGAGAACCCCUACCCAAUGGACAUCCACGAGUCUCCUGUCACCUGUACGGCUUACUUCGCUGAAUGCCCUCCUGACAUCAUCCCCAUCCUCUACUCCAUAGGGGCCAAGCAGAAGAAGACUGGCUACAGCCACAAGGAGUGGCCAGUGAGUGGCGGUACGUGGACAUUAGGCUCACAGACCUACCCAGAGGUAAUCGUCACAGGACACGCWGAUGGAACYGUAAAGUUUUGGGACGCCUCUGCUAUAACACUGCAGAUGCUGUACAAGCUGAAGACGUCCAAGGUGUUUGAGAAGCCCAAGGUGGGAGAGGUCGGGCGGCGAGCUGGUAGAGGAGGACCCUACGCCGUUCAGAUGGUCAGCUGGUGCCCACAUAGCCGUCUCUUCUGUGUGGUGGGCAUUUCUGCCCACGUCAUCUACCGGUUCAGCAAACAUGGCCAAACACAGAUAGUGUCACUAGAGGUGCGUCUGCAGUUUGAUUCGGAGGACGUCAUUUCCCCGUCAGAGGCAGAGCACAACCCUGUUCUCGACCCCAGCUCCCACUCCCCCCAGCCGCCCGGUAGCCCUGGCAGUGGCACACAGGACAGCCUCCCCUGCCUCAAGGUGAAGAAUCGUCCAGUGCGGAUGCCCCGCGGGUACCAGGCUGAGUUGGUGGUGCAGCUGCAGUGGGUGGAUGGAGAACCCCCCAGCAGAUCACCAAGCCUGGACAUCAACUCUGCCUACGGCCUCCUAGCGUUUGGGAACUGUAAUGGGCUCACGGUGGUGGACUUCCUUCAGAAGACGAUCCUGAUGUGUAUGGGCCACACUGGACUGUACGGCGCCGCAGACCCCUACAACGACUCCACCUCCCCACGCAAGAACAGACAGUCCACCUCAGACUUUUGCAUGCGCGGCCUGUCUCACUUUUAUUCCGAUUCAAAGAAAAGGAUCCGUACGUCCUAUCAGAGCCUUACAGAACUCUCCGAUAACCAGGUAUCCAUGGACAUGGAGAGAAGCAAGUCACCCACCUCAGAUCAUGUCAAUGGACAUUGCACUAGUCCCACCUCCCAGCCCUGCUCCGUGGGGAAGCCUCGCAUCACAGGGGUUCCCGAGGGCCCGCGGCUCACCCGGAGAGGGCCUGGCCGACCGCCCUUCCGCAAGGCCCAGUCCGCCGCUUGCAUGGAGAUCUCUUUGCCUGUUUCCUCCCACACAGAAGAAAGUAGAGAGAACUCAUUCAGUCGCUCGCGGAGCUCCAGUGUGUCCAGCAUCGAUCGCGACACCAAGGAGUCAGUGACCACGUUGCAGUUCGGAGAGUCCUACGGCCGUAAGGGCGAUGCUCUGCCUACCGCCUGCCUGUGGGUGGGCACCAGCCUGGGCGUGGUCCUGCUCCUGCCCAUAUCCAUCCCCACAGAAGAGGAGGAGAGGAUGGAGGAGCCCAUCACCAUGGGGCCCAGUGGUACCGUCUUGAUGCUAAAAGGCUCUGUGUUGCGAUUUGCCUUCCUGGACUGUGGGGGCGCUCUCAUUCAGAGUCCCUACGAGGUGUGGCGGGACCCCAACGGUCCCGAAGACCCCGACCGGCCCCGYAGGCGCAAGCUGGUCAACUUCUCCCCGUCAUCAUCCCAGGAGGCGUGCAGUGACGGUCACCUGGCCGUUGUGUGCUCUGAGAAGCAGGCCAAGGUCAUCCUCAUGCCCACCCAGGCUGUCCUGUUCACCCACAACAUCACCGAGUCCUCCUUCCUCCUGCGGGCUGACGUUGUCUCCGUCUGCAACAGCGUCUGCCUCGCCUGCUUCUGCGCCAAYGGACACAUCAUGACCCUAAGUUUGCCCAGUCUAAGACCCCUGAUGGAUAUUAACUACCUUCCCCUGACCGACUUGCGUAUCGCCCGGACCUUUGUCUUCACUAACGGAGGCCAGGCCCUGUAUCUGAGCUCUCCUACAGAGAUACAACGCCUCACAUACAGCCAGGAGAUGACGGACAACCUACAGGACAUGCUGGGGGAGCUGUUCACUCCUAUAGAAACRCCAGAGGCCCAGAACAAAGGAUUCCUCAAGGGCUUCUUCGGGGGCAAUGCCCAGACCUUCGACAGAGAGGAGCUGUUUGGGGAGGCAGCAGCGGGUAAGGCCUCUCGGAGUUUGGCCCAGCACAUCCCUGGUCCAAUGGGAUUGGAGAACAUGAAGACUGCAGCCGGCGGCGUCGUGGGGGACCUGGCCCGAGCCCGCAUCGCCCUGGACCAGAGAGGAGAGAGGCUGGGCGAGCUGGAGGAACGCACCGCCCUCAUGAUGAACAGCGCCGAGACCUUCUCCACACACGCCCACCAGGUGAUGCUGAAACAAAAGGACAAGAAAUGGUAUCAGCUUUAAAGGCAGGACAGCGGGCUGUGACUGCCCCUCCACCUGGUGGGGGGGCACUAUGCUGGGACAUGGACCUUUACUCGACGGACAUGAGAGCGAUAGAGAGAGACACAAGAGGGACUUUGUGUUAAUGGGCCUCUCUGUAGGCCGUCUGUACAUCAUUGUCACAAGACUUGGACAGAGGGCAGUCACUUAUCUAGACUAUAGUGAGAUGGACACAGACCAGGAAGUAAGUUGGUACGACAGGGGAACCCAAAGUGGAUGAUGACAGUCCAUCAGUGUGUGUGGGUGGGUUACCCAGAUCUUGCUGUGUAGAUACUCUAAAGUUAAUAAUCCAACAAGACUGCAUGAAACUAAACAGAUGAAUACAAAAAAAAGUUAAACUGCAAUAUUAAAAAGCAGCAUGCUACUCUAACAGAGGGAAAUAAAACAAAAUAAAACUUUUAUUUAAUAAUAUAAGCCAACAACAGAAAGUAUGAAAAAAACUUUAUAUUUUUUGAAAUAUGGAAAAAAAUAUAUAUAAAAACGAAAAUGUAUUCCUGCAUAGCUAUAAAGCCACAUUUCUUUUUUUUAGCCUUUUUUAUUACUUUCAUUUGGUUUUUGAACACAUUCUGAACACACACAUAAUUUCAGUCUCAAUACUUUCUUUACACAAUACUACUACUGAUGAUACUAUUCAUAUUCCCACCAUUAGACACUGAGCUCAAACUAUAUCGUUAUCCAAGAUCUCUGUGGUGUACACACAGUGCAAAAACACAAUCUAGUUUUUCAACGUAUACCACUCCACACAUUCUGAACAACAGAAUUGUCAAUUUUACUGGCACUAAUUUCAUUCUCUUGGCUGCUACUACUGACUAUACCUGUUACCAGAAAAAAAGGUACAUUUCACCCCCCCUGCCAGAAAUGUGUGAACACAGAGAAUAUAUUGAUUAAUAAUGUGUGAACACAGAGAAUAUAUUGAUUAAUAAUGUGUGAACACAGAGAAUAUAUUGAUUAAUAAUGUGUGAACGGUCAUGGAAAUGAGUUGGCUGAGGUGCCACGGUGAUAGUAGACUGUGAGGUCUGGACUGAGUGUGUUUAUAUUUCUAAUCUGAACAUAUAUAACAUCAUGUAAUAAUUCACGUGCCAUAAAUCAAGAUGGGUGAAGCCCCUUACUGUAAACUAGCAAAGAGCUAAUACUAUGUGGUAGUAAUGAUGUGUUUGCUGUAGAUAAGAGUAGGCUAGCUGAGCCCAACUUUUCAGUAUGGCCGUUGACACUCUUCUUUUAAUGUUUUGUUUUUGUUGUUGUUUGUUGCUUCUUCAUUGGAAUCUUCUGCUGCCUUUCUCAUAUUAUGUAUGAGUUUGUUGAGCCAGUGUGUGUCUCAAGCAAGCCCAUGUAAAGACAAAACUCUUACUCUUUCUUCUGCCAAAGCAAUUCACGAAUGAAGGUGUCAGUUGGAGGAUUGUGUCAUUAUAUGUUAUUGUGGGUGGUGGGUCCCGUGUUUACAUUUUGGUAUCCAGAAUGGUCCUCUUUUACACGUUGAUGAGAAAACUAUGCUUCAGAAGUCUCCAGGGGUCAUGUUGAACAGGAGUAGGCCUAGCUAAAAGACUGAGGUAGUGUCAGAUCCAUCUAAACACUAUUACCAUUCCGGAUCAAAAAUAUCCUGCGGUCGGUCCGUGUUGUUGAUCUAUAUGGAGAAAUGGAAUAAGAGCCAGACUAACAAUAGCCUACCAUCAUGAGUSUUGCGGUUGUCAGGUGUCGUUGGCACAUACAGUAUACGGAUCUUCUAUGUUACACAUAUUGGUACAUGUAAGGAAUCCAGACUGAUAUGAGUUUGAAGCAAAGGUGUUUCUAUUCUUCGUUUUACUCGUAAUUGCUCUUGAUGACCUUAAUGUAACCCCCCUUAUCCUCACCCCCUAGUGGAUGGUGGUAGCCUCUUCUCUCCUAAAUGAUCAUCUAUGUACAAAGAUUGUUCUAUGAUACAUGUUAUUGUAUAUGUUGUACAAGUCAAUAAGUGUACACGUAACACUGACAAGUCCUCUCGUAACUGACCAAAUGUGACAUGACAAUACCAUCAUUUAUUUUUCUGUUUUCAAAGGUUAUGUUUGUAUUUUCAAAUGAUAUAGGAAAGUCUAAAUGAUUGUUAUGACCACAACAGUUACUCCCUCUCCCUCACCGACGCUCACAUAUCCACCCUGCCUUGAACCACAGAAAGGUGGUUACCAUGACCAUACAGGCAACCAUUCUCUCACACAACAUAUGUUACACAACACAGCUGAAACACACACACGCACACACAGGUAAAAAACCUGCAUUAUCACUAUUCAUUUCACUCUGCUCCUUCUCAGGCUAGUGAGACAUUCCUAAAGGACAGACAGUCUACUGAACUGGGAGCCAGUCAGYCGUAGACCCUAGAAAGAGUUGGAUUCGACUGCCUGGCUGCUUUCCAGGCCAAUAUGAAGGCCAUUGUCCAUAACUGAAUGUGGUGGUCUAAUGAAGAGGGAACAGAUCUAUUUCUCUAUGUGUACUAUACCGUCCCUGAGGUUUGUGUCGAGUUAGUACCGUAACUUCAAUGGCUGAGAAAAAUGAAAAACGUGACUUCUACUGACAUAAAGGGUGUUUUGUUUGUAGUUUUGUUUUUGUUUUUAUAUCAACUGUACAACAACGCUGGCUGGGAGUAAAGAAAAACACAAAAACAUAGAAAAAUGGGAUAUUCUUUCUCUGUAGAUGUCUGUUAAAUGAAUCAUGGUACUGUACCUGGUUAUUCUGGCUGUGUCUAAAGUCACUGGAACUCUUGUCCACACUGUUGUUUCCUGGCCAAGCCAACCGUUUCUCUGGUUUUCUCAAUGAUGGCAGCAAAGUUUGUCUUGUUUAAAUGGAUUCUACCACCUUUUGUUCUUAUUGAUAUUAUAGUAGUGUAAUAGAGAUUACUGAAAAAAGUACUGAAAAUAUGUUGAUGCAAAUCAAACAUUCAAAUAAACAUUGAUUGAUGUACA